AUGCAGAUUUUUGUAAAAACACUUACUGGUAAAACUAUCACCCUCGAGGUGGAGUCUGGUGAUACCAUCGACAAUGUCAAACAAAAAAUUCAAGACAAGGAAGGUAUUCCACCAGACCAGCAACGUCUCAUCUUCGCUGGUAAACAGUUAGAAGAUGGACGUACACUCUCCGAUUAUAAUAUCCAAAAAGAGUCUACCCUCCACUUGGUUCUUCGACUUCGUGGUGGUAUGCAAAUCUUCGUCAAAACUCUCACCGGGAAAACCAUUACCUUGGAAGUCGAAUCAUCCGAUACUAUUGAUAAUGUAAAGACAAAGAUCCAAGAUAAGGAAGGAAUUCCUCCGGAUCAGCAACGAUUAAUCUUCGCAGGCAAACAGUUGGAAGAUGGACGAACCCUAUCCGACUAUAAUAUCCAAAAAGAAUCCACUCUUCAUUUGGUUCUUCGACUUCGUGGUGGUAUGCAAAUCUUCGUCAAAACGCUCACUGGCAAAACUAUUACUUUGGAAGUCGAAUCAUCCGACACCAUCGACAAUGUAAAAACAAAGAUCCAAGAUAAGGAAGGAAUUCCUCCGGAUCAGCAACGAUUAAUCUUCGCAGGCAAACAGUUGGAGGAUGGACGAACCCUCUCCGAUUAUAAUAUUCAAAAAGAAUCCACUCUCCAUUUGGUUCUUCGACUUCGUGGUGGUAUGCAAAUCUUCGUCAAAACUCUCACCGGAAAAACCAUUACCUUGGAAGUCGAAUCAUCCGACACCAUUGACAAUGUCAAACAAAAAAUUCAAGACAAAGAAGGUAUUCCACCGGACCAGCAACGUCUCAUUUUCGCUGGUAAACAGUUAGAAGAUGGACGUACGCUCUCCGACUACAAUAUCCAAAAGGAGUCUACCCUCCACUUGGUUCUUCGACUUCGUGGUGGCCAAUAA